GAGACGAUUACAGCGAUCUUGAAAAACGUCUUGCCGAAUUAAAAAAAUCGGAUGAAGUUAAUUCUCAAAGUGAUUUGAAGGAUUUAACCGAAAGAUUCUCGAAAGUUUUUGGUCAUCAGCCCGUAAUAUCAUCGGCUGUUGAAAAUAAAGAGGAUACACAAAAGAGGUCUUAUAAAUUGCCGAAUGGAAAAGAAUUUAAUGAAGAGAUAGAACAGUUUUUAUUAUCUGAAGAAAAUUUGCUGAAUGAAGAUGAUGAAUAUUUAUUUUCAAUGGAACACCAACAUAAUCUCGAUUCUUUGGUCUCUAAGUUUGUGGGUGAUGAUCUAAAUAUAUCCGCGAGUUGUGAGAAUGAAAGUGAAAACGAUGUGCGUCUUAUACGCCAAAUACAAGAAGAAAUUCUUUUAGAAGAAAAUUAUGAUUCGGUUAAGAAAUUGGAGGAUUACAAUGAAUUGGAAAAAAGAUAUAGACAAUUAAAGGCAGAUGAUGUGAAAGUUCCUAACGGCCGAUUAGGUCCACCGCCAAAGGCGAUUGAUAUAUCCGAUCUUAUAGGCGAUGAUGAUGAUCCUGACACCUGGUGUUGUAUUUGUAAUGAAGACGCAACCAUCAAAUGCAGAGAUUGUCAGGGUGAUUUGUAUUGCGGAGAGUGUUUCAAAGAAGGACAUUUUGGUGAAAGUUCAGAUAGUGAAUUAAGAAGACAUAGAUAUGAGGCGUAUAGAAGAUCUAAUAAUAAUUUAUCAAACUGA